GUGUUGUCUAAACCAGGCUGGAGGUGUCUUGUCUAUUUUUAGCCAGCUGCCUCUUGCAACGGGAGAAAAAAAAAAAAAAGUCCUGAUCCUCCUGCAGGCUUCUGAAUUUCCUGCUGCCCACCAAGAUCAGGAAGAAGAUGCUCGGGUGACGAAAAUUGAAGGGGCAGGUUGACUUUCGCUCGCGAUGUGGGAUUGCUUAGGAAAGUCCUGACGUUCCGGGAUCCGUCCGAGGCUUGGGCUUUGUUCGGGUCACAGCCCGGGUUUUAACAGAUUCUUCGGUAGCGUCUGUGUGGAAAGGGCCACACACCCUACACAACAACGACGGCUUUUGCCUGCCUUUUCCAGUGUUUCUUUUGUCAGCAAGUUCAGCAAAAUUGUUUCUCAAGUGCCAGCCCUGAACAGACCGAGGAGCCAGCGACGGAAAUGGUAAAAAUGACAAAAUCCAAAACGUUCCAGGCGUACCUGCCAAAUUGUCACCGAACCUACAGUUGUAUCCACUGCAGAGCCCACCUGGCCAAUCACGAUGAGCUCAUUUCCAAGUCUUUUCAGGGAAGUCAAGGACGAGCCUACCUCUUUAAUUCUGUGGUGAACGUGGGCUGUGGUCCUGCGGAAGAGCGAGUUCUUCUGACGGGCUUGCACGCCGUAGCAGAUAUUUAUUGUGAAAACUGCAAAACCACCCUCGGAUGGAAAUACGAGCACGCCUUUGAGAGCAGUCAGAAGUACAAAGAAGGCAAAUUCAUCAUCGAACUCGCUCACAUGAUCAAAGACAAUGGCUGGGAAUGAACUGCAAUACGAUUCCUUGUUUCUGGACAACCCAUCUGUGGAACAGGCUUUAUUUUAUAAAAAAAAGACUCAUGGGGGAAAAAAGAAAAAAAAACAAAAAACGGCGGUCGGGUGGUCGAGAUGCUCCUCCAUCGCUCAGUGGUGUAAUGUUGUUGGUCUUUUCCUCUCUCCAGACUCUCCCUUGCUUGUUUUUUUUUCUCUCCCCCCCCCUUGUGUAAGUCCCCCCCCCUUUUUUUUUUCUAUCUGUAUUCCUGUGCACACGGUUCUUUUGGAUGAACUUUUUCUAUACUCCCGAAGAAGAAAUAAUUCCGUCGUUCCUUUGUUAGGUAGCUUCUCUCUUUUUGACCGAUGCCUUCAGUUGCUCCUUUGUGCUGGGCGUGCUUUUUGCUGAUCCAUCUGCUCCAGUUUCGAAGGAGGCCCGUAUGGACAGUCCUGAGAAUGUGCAGGAUUAAGUACACCUUCCUUUUAUUUCCCCUCCCUCCCUUAUAUUAGCCACUCCUGUGGUCUCUUUGCCGUGAGGAGGAUUGCAGUAUUGUAUAUUCAUUAUUCUAUCUUUUUUUUUUUUUUAAAGUGUACCGUGGCCCUUUAGGAUUUGUUUCGGCUAGGUUUUGUGACAGAUCUCAGUUACCAGCCCCUGACUGAAUGUAGCCAGGAUUUGUCUGUCUGUUUGGUUUUUGUUUCUGUUUUUUUUUUUUUAAAAAAAGAGAAACUGUCAGAAAAGAGAUUUGAGUAAUAAUUUACAAGGAUAACUUCAAAUGGUAGAUCCAAUUCAGAUGCAUUCUGAAGAUAAGCUUAAGCCUUGCUCCUGUGAAAGGGGGGAAAAAAAAAAAGAAUGUAUAGCAGGGUCUUUUAAGAUCAAGGGGCUGAAAAAUAGGCAGCUCUUAUUUUUAAUACGUCGGUUUAAAAUAUUGUUGGUACUGUACCUUGAGAAUAGGAAAAAGGUACCAGAAAUUUUGAUGGCUGGUUCCAUGUAGUUUCAACCUAGUUUUAAUGCAGUGGAUGAGAGACGGUUAAUUCGUGGUCAUCGCGGCUUUGGCAGUACUGAAGCACACCAAAAUGCGUGCGUGGUGUGAGUGUGUGCGUGAGUGUGUGCAUAAAGCUGUCACUAAUCCAUCUGGAGAAGGUUGUAAAGUUUUUGCAAGCGAGUAAAAUGCAACAACCUGGCACAAGCUAUUUAAAAAAAAAAAGGAAGCAAGAAUGAAUGAAUGAAAAUAGGUUUUUUUUUUUAAAAAGGGGUGCGUGAUUUGCUGGCUGAAUCAUCCCUAAGCACAAUUUUAUAAUAAAACUGUUAACGUAAAAGAAACAUCAUCUGGGAAUUUUUACACCCUUCCUCCUCCAUGGUCAGUGUGGUGGGUCAGAGAGGACCACCAAACGUGUAAAAAGUGUGUAGCGUUUCCUUACAGGAAAUUUUAUGCAUACCAUUUCAAGAGAUUUGAAAACUUCAAGGGGGGGGAUUGUUAUAUUUUUUUUUGGGGGGGGGAAUUGCAAUUUCCUUUUCCUCCCCAAAUUCUUUCCAAGAGGAAAAAUAUAUUGGAGAACACUAUACCUAAAUAAGACCAACCUGCUGAUAGCAUGAGUAACAAUAACCAUAAUAAUUAUAUAGGAAGCUUUACAAUGGGAACGCUGUAAUGUACUUCUUAUCUGUUGCAACUCAAGCUUGUUGUCUGUCCUUACUGGCUGCUACUAAGCCCCUCUAACUGACAUUCAGAUCUCAAACUGCACUUUAGCUUUCACCCUUCCUUAUAAAAACAGGAACUGUCUUUUCCUGAAAAUUGAAUGCUGCCCCCUCCCCAUUUCAUUCCUCCAUAAAUUCUUUGGGAAGAAGAACGAUUUUACACUGUGAUGCAAAAAAAAAAAAAAAGAAAAGAAAAGAAAAAAGGAUAUUGAAUAUAUAUCUAUUUAAGUGUGUGCGUGUGCGCGUAUGUAUAUAUAGUUCUUUUAGGCAUUUGGAUCCAAAGAGCUGUCCCUCCUGACAGCUAGUCUCAGAUUUUGUUUGACCUUUUAUUCUGGUGCUUUAUUUAGUGUGAAUGAAUUUUGAGACCCGUGAAUCUACUGCCCGCGCGGCAGAAGAGAGACUCAUCUUGAUUCACAUCCAAACAACAGCAGUUUCAGCCCUCGGAGACUUUGACUAGAAGAGGAGAUGCUGGCUUGUUAAGGGAUGCUUGUUGGUUAGGUGCUUGCUUGUUAGGGAGCACGUUGGGGUGUGUAAUAAUUCAAUGCAGGGCAACUGGAUUGAGAGUAAUCAGCAAAGGAACCAUGAACAGCAUCCGUACUACGCCCUACAAAUUUUCUGACUUGCAGCCCUAACAAAAGAACCGGUGGGUUAUUCAAAUGAAAUUAGCUUCUUGUGCUCCGCUCUACAAAUCCUUUAAAGGUCCAGUUCUGAUGUAUCUCUUUAUUGUUUGAUGGCAGCGGACUAUCCUUCUCUGUGAAUUUGUCAGCAGCCAAACUUUCCACCUUGUGGGCCUACAGCGGUGGCUGUCACCUUUUCCCUUCAACCAUGAAUGCUUGCUUGCUAACGUGGUUGCUCACCUUGAUGCAUUUCUCAAUCAUCCAAAAGACCACUUGGGUCAGAUUUUGAGAAGGUUGAUGAGCUUGAAGGGAAGAAGAAAGACGGAGGGGAAAAUCUUAUGAAAGACCGUAUUUUGAUCAGAGAAUGCUUGGGCCGAACUACAUGUUACACACCAAUGUGAUUAUUUCUCAUAAAGCUGAAAAUUCACACUGGGUGGUAGAAAUCCAUUUGAAGUGGAUUUUAUACAAAGCUGUCUAUCAAGGUGUAGUUUCUCGUCGCGAAAACAGGGACACCUUCCUACAUAUUUGCGUGUAACAUGUAGUCCUGCCAACCUUUUGAGUAAAUAUAUGCAGACGGGCAUUUUCCCUAGAAUUUUUUUGCUUAAGCGAGAGGCCCCCCCCCCAAAAAGGGGGGGAAGAGUGGAACAUCAAAUUGCAGCUUAAAAUCAGAUGCAAUUUAUUUCUAGGGAGAAGCAUUUAAAGGUACCAAACAGAGCAAUAUUAUGAAAUUGGGGAAACAAGGGACAUAAAAGGCUGUAGAGAAUUUUAAAUCCAGAACAAAUUGUGUAGACCUGAAGUAGCACUCCUGAGAAUCGUUGGGCUUUUUGACUUGGCCUUUGAAGGAUUCCUUACAAGAAACUGCAGAGUUGAAAUUGAGAGAUUUGGUGGAUCCAGAUACUGCUGGACAUCGUUUGAUGUCUAAAAAAGGUCAGUCUGGUUACUGAACUUUCCAGCGUUAAUUUAAAAAAAAAGAAAGAUACUUGAACAUUUUACAAAGCAUUUUCCCAUUUAACAUUUUUUUUUUUUUGUAACGUAUUCUAUUUAAGAGUUUGUGUGUGCUUUCGUGGGUAAGUUUAAUCUUUCCCUUCAACUUGAGCACCUUUGUUGCUUGUUAUUUUUUUAUUACUGUUGAUCUUAACAUUAUAUAAUAUACUAUAUAUUUUAUAAAUUGUAACAGCGACUUUUGUGAACAUCUACGCAUUAUCUACUACUAGAUCUCCCUCCCCUUGGUAAAGUGACUGAACUGACUCCAAGCUGGUUCUUGAGAUUGUCCAUUGGCACUUAGAGGAACACGCUGACAACUUUUACAUUUGUGAAGUGUGUGGCUUUUUUUUAUUUGUUUGUUUGUUGUUGUUCUUCUUGGGAGUCAAUAGUCAUGGCUCUUGUAAAACAGCCACAUCAACCCAACCUGAUUCAGACAUAAAAAAUGCACAAAAAGUCCCGUUUGGAUAUUCUUAGACGUUCCCACGUGUGGGAGAGAAUCAAUUCUUGGUGGACAUUUGAGAAUUGCUGUUUCAGCUCUUCCUUCUAGGCUGUAUUGAAAGCAUCCUCUGAAGAUGGAGGGUCUGAAUUUCAUUGGGUGGGCAGUUGUGGGUGACUUCUACACAACGGCGCACUUUCAGGAGAUUGUCGACAGCGUUUGUGAGUUGUCCCACCAGUUUUGUGAGGCCGAAGCUAUCUGGCCUGCUGUGAUGCUUCAUGAAUCUGUUCCCUUGCGUUCUGAUCUUUCCUAAAGCCACAUCCAAAUCAUUAGGGUCACCGUAGAGAAACUUAACACGACAGAACCGUGUGGCAAAUAUCGUUAUUAAAACUCACUUGGAUCUGCAGGAAAAUUACACCUCGUAGCGCUUAACGUUUUCAAGGAAAACCAAUAGCCCGUAUUGGCCGCGAACAAGGAUAAUCGGCAUGAAAACAGUACAAAUUUUUUGGCCCUUCAUCUGAAACGGGACGUUUGAUUUUUUUUUUGUUUUGUUUGUUUUGCUAAAAUCUACCCCGUACCUUUUUAUCCGGACUUGGAAAGAUAACCAUACCGAGACCUUUAAUUUGCAUUGCUAGGCCAAGAAAGGAUUAUUCAAGUGAAUGGAUCAGUAGCACCAUAGUCAUUUCUCCCAAGUGUAAGACCGACCAAAUAGUGUGAGUUGUAAAAAAAAAGAAAAGAAAAAAAGGAUUUUAGAGAAGCAAACACAUAGUGUCAAACCCAUGGCAUUUGCGGCAAUCGGUGUGUGCCUCAUUGCUGGAACAAUUUGGGGGGGAAAAAACCACAAAAAGCCCCGCUUUAUUUUGUAGCUGAUGUGGCUUCUUCCUGGUUCUCGCCUGAGCAAUACUAUACACAAUUUGUGGUUUCACUUUAUUGUAUCUCUUUGACAGUAUCACAAUAAAAACUUUCCGUUGUUUU